AUGACCGAGAAAGACAUCCCUCCCAAGGAGGGCUUGGCCCAUGAUGAGUACAUCACUCAGACCGUGGCAGCCACCGAAGCUGAGCACCCUACCAAGCCCGAGACCGCCAGUGCCCUGAACAUCGUCGAAAAUCCUCUCAAGCGAUUCCCCAAGGAACAAGUUUUUGAGGAUGCCCGUGGGUUCGCGGAAAUGCAUGGCAUGUCUGAGCAUGCCGAUCUCUUUGGCCGUGCGGCUCUCGUGGCCCAGGAUCCCUCGGGCUUUGAGGGCAUCUCGGAGCUUACCCAGGACGAGCAGGCAGCCCUGGCAUACGAGCGAGACCACAAGUGGCAUGGCCCAUUCAUGCUGUGGUAUUCCAUCGGACUCUGCGCCAUUGGUGCCGCCACGCAGGGCUGGGACCAGACUGGUUCCAACGGAGCCAAUCUGUCAUUCCCCCAGGCUCUGCACAUCGACAGCGGCUCGGCUCGGGAUGAGUGGUUAAAGGGAUUGAUCAACUCGAUCAUUUUCUUGACCGCUGGACUGAUUGGUGCCUUCAUCGUCGACCCUCUCAACCACUACCUGGGACGACGUGGUGAAAUUUUUCUGACCGCCGCCUGUCUGACUGCUACCCCCAUUGGCUCUGGAUUUGCGAGAACCUGGCAGGAGUUGUUCGCAGCUCGCUUUGUCAUGGGUAUUGGCAUCGGUGCAAAGAACGCCACCGUCCCCAUUUAUUCGGCUGAGAUGGCGCCUCACCGUAUUCGUGGUGCCCUGGUCAUGUUCUGGCAGCUCUGGGUUGUGAUUGGUAUCUUCCUGGGUUUCUGCGCCAACGUCAUUGUCAAAGAUACCGGCGAUAUCUCUUGGCGUCUGCAGCUGGGCUCUGCCUUCAUCCCCUCCUUCAUCUUGAUGGUCGGCAUCUACUUUUGCCCCGAGUCGCCUCGCUGGCUGAUGAAAAAGGGAAGACAGGCGCAGGGCUUCAAGUCGAUGUUGCGUCUCCGCGCUCACCCCAUUAUUGCUGCGCGGGACUUCUACUACUCACACAUCAUCUACACUGAGGAAUUGAAAGAAGCCAGGGGUGCCGGUUACUUCUCCCGCAUGCGUGACAUCUUCACGGUGCCUCGUAUUCGCCGGGCUAACUACGGUGCAUCCACCGUGAUGAUUGCCCAACAGAUGUGCGGUAUCAACAUUAUCUCCUUCUACAGUUCGUCCAUCUUUGAGGAUGUCGGUUACUCUGCGGUCCAGGCUCUGUACGCCUCUCUUGGAUACGGCGCCAUUCAAGUAGUCUCCACUAUUCCAACUCUGUUCCUGAUCGACACCAAGGGUCGCCGCACUUUGACGUUGAUUACCUUCCCGUUGAUGUGCAUUUUCCUUCUGGCUGCCGGCCUGUCCCUCCUGAAUUCAGACGAUUCUCGGAGCCGUGGAGAGCACAUUGGACCUGUCGUGCUUUUUGUCUACCUGUUCACAAUCUGCUACUCGCUUGGUGAAGGUCCGGUGGCUUUCCAGUACUCUGCCGAGGUUUUCCCUACCAUCCAACGUGAGCAGGGUAUGGCCUGGGCCGUUUGCAUCAACAACACUUUCGCUGGUAUUCUCGGUCUGACCUUCCCCCGCAUGACCAAGGUCAUGACACCCACUGGAGCGUUUGGUUUCUAUGCGGGUCUCAACCUGGUAGCGUGGGGUAUGAUAUUCUGCUUUGUCAGAGAGACCAAGCAGCUCACUUUGGAGGAGCUGGAUCAGGUCUUCUCUGUUCCCACAAAGAAGUUCAUCAGCCACGAGCUCACCGUCUGGCUUCCUUACUUCAUUAAGCGACACAUCUUCCGCCAGCAGAUCCCUAAGCCUCCCUCGAUCAUUGCCACUGCUGAUGAGGCCAGAAAGCGCGACCAGCAGUGA